AUGAUUCUCUUGUGGGCAGUUGUGUGGACGGCGACAGCGUUGACGGCCGUCUCCGGAUGCCGAAGUAGGGACUCGAAGAAAGGGGACAAACGGCUGAACCGGGACAAGAACCACACGAUUUCUGGUGCCACUUCGACUUCCAAGAACUCCAAGCACAACACCGUCUCCAACUCCCAAUCUGUUGAGAAUGUUCGUCGCCGUUUGUUUUUUCGGACUAGUGUGAAAAUUUUUGAUUUCUUCUAAGUUCAUAAAAAAAAGCACCCGAUGCGAUUUCUCAAGCUGAUUCCGGAUCUCUGCUCGAAAGCUGCACAAUUCAUCUGGGAAAAAAGUUAUAGAAGCCCAUAAUCGAUCAAAAAACACGAUUUACUCAAUUUAGUAGAGCAACUAUAAAAAAUCUUGAGUCAAAUUGGCCUCAAAAAAAAUUCGCAGUUCUCGUGAUCACUGACACCAGCUGCAAAAUGAGCUUAAUCGAAGUAAAUUUUCCGAAUUUCCACUUUUUUUAAACAAAUUUUAACUUUAUUUUAACCCCCAUAAUUGAUUUCGAAGACUUGCAUUUUCUGAGCCCAAGCUUGAGGUCAUGUGAAAAGCUGAGCCUACUGCAUCCUCAACUAAUUAUUUUGAAAGUAGAACAUCUAACUAUAUAAUUUUCUAGACCAAAUCGGUGGAGGCAAAGUCAAAAGAUAACGGGGAGAAAGAAUUCAAAAAGGGGGCCGGAAAGGCCGAAAAGCGUACGACAGCACAGCCGGCGGCGGCGGCUAAACAGCGGCAGCGGAAUAACAUGCCGAGCACCAAGACGGCCAAAAUACCCGAAAACCCGGUCUGUUCUUUGUCAAUUUUCUGAUAUUAUUGUAAAUUUCCUCAAACCCAAAACUUCAAUUUUCAGUCACUGAGAGGCGAGGUACCAUCUUCAAAUGUGAGUUUUCCAUUCCUUUCAAUUUUCAUUCACAAUUUCGAACUUCCAGGCCACCAUGCACGAGUCGGAAAGAAAACGUGCGCUUCAGCAGAUGGUUCGAAUCGGGUUUAUUUUUUUGAUUGUAUGAUCAAUUUUUUUUUAGAUAAAAAGAUGAAAAAGCUAGCGAAAGAUGAUAAACACGAGUAUGAAAUUCUUCUUGCAUCCGUUGUGUGAAAAAUGCCAAUAAAAACAUUCUCAUAUUUAAAAAAUUUUUUUCUUGGAUGGGCUUGAAAAAUAACUGUAUACAUUGUAAAUUGGGAUUGAUGGAAAAUCAGGAUAACAAUUUGCGUUAAAAAUUGUAAGCUCAGGUAUUGCUUGGAAAAGGUAAACAGGGGAAUGACUUCAAUUUAUACUAUUGUCAAGUAAAAGUCCAUGAAAAAUAUUUUUCAACGUUGAUUCCGGAUCCGAUCUCAAGAACUGUCAAAGAGGUCUGGGAAAAAAGAUGUGACGUUAAAAAAAAAUGGAGUUCCUUUUUAGAAGGGUUUUCUAGUUCAUCCUUCGAAAGUGAAUGAUUGUUUAAUUUUCGGUUUUCUGAACCUUCUUAGGGCUUUUAUGUUUUAAAAAUGCCCACAUUCUCGAAAAACUGUACUGUUUCAACCAGCUCUUUUUUCAAUUGCAAAGAUUUUCUACGUUUUUUUAAGAUCCUCUCGGCAAUUUUAGAGAAAAUAUUCAUAAUCAGCGUGAAAAGUGCUUUUCGUCUCAUCAAAAAGUCUCGAUUUAAACUGGAGACUAGUCCCAGAUCAGGCUUUAUCCAACCCGUAUUUUUCAACAAUAUAUAUAUACUCAAUUCACUGCCACCUUGUCACGCUUUUAUAGGAUAUAGGAAAGAUGAUUUCUGUGACAAGAUGGCUGUACUUACCAUUUCUCGAAUGGAUCAAAGCAUGGAGAAAGAUUCUGCGCGAAGGCUGGCGACACGGACGCGGAGCAUCGUAUCUUCGUCCAUAGUCGUGAGUUGGACCAUUGUCGGCUCCAGGUCGGACUUGGCAAACUCUUGUACGUCUCCUGA